AUGCGUAAUAGCAUCACGCUUCUCGCUGUUGCUGCGUCGAUCGCGCUCGCCGCCGAGCCCAUCAAGAUCAACGGUUGGUAUGCAUGCAACGCCAAGACGUUUGCAACGCCCGCCCCCGAGACGUCGGCGACCGCCGAGCUCCCAGCGUUUCGCACGUCGGCUUUCUCGGCCGACACCAACGUCCUUCGAUCUAUGCUCCGCCCCAUCGAUGCGAGCUCAAUUCAGAGCCUCGCUCUCUCAAGCAGCACUGUGUCGUCCGCGUCCACCGAGUGCGCCGAGUUCACUCUCCCGCUCUGCUACGAGAGUCUUUGCAGUGCCGCCGGUUCGAUUCCCGUCUUUGUCAAGCGCAUGCGCGCCACGAAGCGAUCGUUGUCUACCAAGGCGCUUUGGUUUCUCCAAGGCGGUCCCGGCGCGUCCUCUGUCGCGAUGGAGUCGCUCAUGACGCUCCUCUACUCGAUGCUCAACGGCGCUGUCGACGUGUACACGAUGGACCACCGAGGCACGGGUCGCAGCUACAAACUCACGUGUUCAGCGUCCCAGAUCGAGACGUCGGGCAGUCCCACGAAAGGCCAAGUGCUCAACAGCGCGCUCCGGUCCUUCUCAACGACGAGUGCGGCCAUGGACUUGUCGACGCUGAUUACAGCGACCGAGAACGCCAACACGUUUGUGUAUGGCGUGAGCUACGGCACGUACCUUGUCGAGCGCUUGAUGCAACUGGAGAACCCGAGUAUCAAGGGCUACAUCCUCGACGGGAUCGUGGCCAACUCGGGCAGCAAGGACAACAAGCUCACGGUCUUUAACGACUGGGACAAGGAAGUCGACGAAGCUGCGCAAACGUUCAUUGAUCUGUGCAAGACCGACGCAUAUUGCAGCAGCAAAUUUCCAACGCUGGACCUUCGCACGACCAUGGUGACAAUGUACUCGACGAUGGACCGGAACCCCAAGAGCUCCAAGUGCGCGAUGGCACUCUCGUCGUCGUCGAGCACACCGUCGGCAGUGCUUCGGUCGCUCUUUUCGGACCUCCUGCAAAGCCAGAGUCUCCGUGCCCUCAUCCCGGCACUCGUGUACCGCUUCAACCGCUGCAACCAAGCCGAUAUUCUCGCAAUCGCCAACUUUGCCACUCAAGUUCAAAACAUGGGCAACACGCAGGACGAGUCGGAUGCGCUCGAGUCAACAAUGCUUUACAACCUCAUUGUGGUGUCUGAGCUCUGGCGAACGCCAACCGAAUCCUACGACACGCUCAAGAAGACGUUUAUGAACACACUCAUUGGCAGCAACAUUGCAAGCUUGGUGACGACCUACUGCAUUGCCAGCGGCGGCAAGGACCCCAACUGCAUCAACGAGCGCGCGCCGAGCAACGACUACAAGUGGCAGUACCCGCGCGAUAUCUACUACGACGUGCCGAUCACGAUUCCCAAAGGCACCAGCGUUCUGCUGUUGAGUGGUCUCUUGGAUCCGCAGACCACUGCGAGAGGCGCUCGCAACCAGUACGACAGCUUCAUUGGGACAGCCAAACGUCUGGUCGAGUUCAAUUUCGCAGCCCAUGGCACCAUCAUCAACACGCCCGUGACAACCCUGGGUGGAGCUCCGUGCGCGGCCCAGCUCGUCGGCUCGUUCGUUUCGGUCAACGGCGAUGUGACAGCACUUGACACAAGUUGCCUCGCGACCGUUGCCCCCAUGAGCUUCCAGAUCAAGUCGUCAUUGGCCCAAACGCUCAUGGCGACGUCCGACAUCUACGACGGCACGCCCACCAAGCAGUACAAGGCCUCGUCGACGGCGCCGCCGGCCGAUAAGGUCAGCGACGGGUCGGCGGCGACAUCGAUCGACGAUGCAAGCGCGGGUGUGUCGGCGGGCUACCGCACCGCCACGAUCAUUGGUUUUGUUCUGGCGGCGUUGCUGGCCAUUGGCCUGGUGAUUGUGGUGCGUCGGCAGCGCAAGCAAGCCGCGGCGACGACCAGCAUUUACGUCGAGCCCAUCGAGCAUUCGUCGGCGCCUUAA